AAUUUGCUUCUUCUUCGGCGAUGGAUGGGAAAAUCCGGCAGAGCCGGAGGUCGAGGUCGCAGCGGGACCGCGUGCGGCGGCGGGAGGCGGCGGCCCGCGACCCGCGGAACCAGAGCCCGUCCUCGGGCUCCGAGAAGGAGCCGAGCCCCGGCAAGGAGAACGGCGGCCAGAACUGCACCGCCCCGCGGGGCCCGCCGCCCGCCGCCCGCGCCGCCCGGCCCCCGCGCCGCCGCCGCCGCGAGUCCAGCUCCCAGGAAGAGGACCUGAUCGAUGGCUUCGCCAUCGCCAGCUUCAACACCCUGGAAGCGCUGGAGAAGGACAUGUCACUAAAGCCUCAGGAGCGGAAGGAGAAAUGGGAGAGGCAUCCAGGCAAGAAACCUAGAGAAUCUGAAAACUGUGUAUCUGCUGAGCCAAGUGAAAAUGGCCAUAACAACGAUGCUGGGAGCUCUGAGAGAGAGGCAGAACGAGGCAAGGAGCGGAUGAAGAAGAAACUCCCCUUGAAGCUGUCCAAACAGAUGAAGGUCCCUACAAGCAGAAGUGGCAGAAAUAGCGAGGAAGACAGCAUCAGGGAGGCCACAAGCUCUCAGCGGAGCAGCUCAAGGGACCGUCUCAGUGAUAGUUCUGCUCAAUCGCUUUCAGGAAGAGGCUACUCCUGUGACAGUGAGAGCGAUAUUGACGAUAAGACCGCAACGGAACUGGAGCUGACUCGUAUCAGGAGUGCCUUGAUAACAAGCAAGGCUUCUGUAGGCUCUGAGAAGCUGUUCUCUCCUGCAGCAAAUAAAGGUCCCACCUUGAAUGACAAGCCAGAAGCGAAAGCAGCCAAUGUCCCAAAGGUGUCUGGGCUAGAGCGGAGCCGGGAGCUGAGCACCGACGUGCCCUUCGCCCUGCCCAUCCCCAGCCCCCAGCCAGUCGCUGCCGUUGUGACUUCGACUUCCUCAGCGCCCACGUCAAGUGCCAGAGCAAGCCCACUGCUGAAGAAGGAGCCAGUGAUUUCAGCACCAGCACCACCCAGGCUCACGCCUCAGCCGCAGCCUCGGCCGCAGUCACAACCUCAGCCUCGGCCGCAGUCGCAGCCCCAGCUAAUCCCCGACCUCCGGAGCCAGCCUCCCAGCCACAUCCCUCCGCCUCUCAACUACCAAGUGCAUCACCAGGUGGCCCACAACGGACUCAAUAAUAUCAGCCGGAGCAGCAGUGCUAGCAGUGCAACGAGCAUCAGCCUCCCGAAACACCUGCCCCUGUCUCCCCAGAUUCCACCUCACCAUUCCUCCGGCCCAGCUCUGCCCCUCUCCAUCUCUAAUCUUGCUACCUCGCACUUCUCUCUCAGAUCGCAGACCCAACACCAGCACCAUCCGGCCAUGUUCGCCACCCCACCCACGCUGCCACCUCCACCAGCGUUACCCACCAACAGCCUCGUGAUACCAGGGCACCCUGCGGAUCACGAACUGCUCAGGCAAGAGCUGAACAACCGGUUUUUGGUUCAGAGUUCGGACCGGGCCGCUGCCUCACUUGGCCCGGUGCCGCUGCUGAGAGCGGAGUUUCACCAGCACCAACACACGCAUCAGCACCAACACACCCACCAGCACACAUUCACUCCUUUUCCAUCCAGCUUGCCCCAGACGCCGCUCAUGCCGCCCUCUGCACCUCCCAUGGUGCGUACCCCAGCCCAAAAUUUUGACAAGUACGCUCCCAAAUUAGACAACCCUUACUUUCGACAUUCCAACUUCUUUCCAACCUAUCCUCCAGCAAUGCCUGGAAUGCCACCCAUGCUUCCACAUUCAGGUCCCUUUGGGUCACUUCAGGGAGCAUUUCAACCGAAGACUUCAAACCCUAUUGAUGUAGCAGGUAGACCAGGCACAGUCCACCAUACGCUGCUGCAGAAGACUCCAGGGGUGUCAGACCCUUAUAGGCCUCCAGUAAGAGUAAGUAAGAAACCCGGGAAGUGGUGUGCGGUUCAUGUACAGAUCGCCUGGCAGAUCUACCAUCACCAGCAAAAGAUAAAGCAAAUGCAGCUGGAUCCCCACAAGCUUGAGAUAGGUGGUAAACUUGACCUGUUCAGCAGACCUCCCGCCCCUGGAGUGUUUCCAGGCUUCCAUUAUCCACAAGAUCUUGCCAGGCCUCUGUUUUCUACCACAGGUGCGACACAUCCAGCCACCACCCCUUUUGGUCCCUCACCUCACCACAGCAGCUUCCUGCCUACAAACCACUUGGCAGAUCCAUUUAGCAGGUCAAGCACCUUCAGCGGCCUUGGGAACUUAGGCAGCAAUGCCUUUGGAGGAUUAGGCAGUCAUGCUCUGACUCACAACAACAUUUUUACUCACAAAGAUGGCCCAAACCUGCAGAAUUUCAAUAACCCCCAUGAGCCAUGGAAUAGACUCCACCGGACCCCGCCGUCCUUCCCAACACCCCCACAGUGGCCCAAGCCCACGGAUUCGGAGCGAAGCUCCUCGGUGACAAACCAUGACAGGGACAGAGAGCGGGAGCCCGAGAAGAGGGAUCUUUCUCUGAGCAAAGACGACAGAGACAAAGACAGAGACCUCAUGGAUAAGAACAGGCAUUCGAACAGAUCCUCGCCGGCAUCAGCGCCAGUGACGCACCAGAUCAGCAAUCUCAUCCGCAGCAACAGCCAGAGCUCCAGCGAUCCCAUCAGGCAGGUCAGCCUCGGGGACAGGGAGAGGUCCAAGGAGCCCGAGAGAGAGCACCCUGACCGGCUGAGAGAGCCGCCCAUAGCGGAGCACAAGAUCAAAGAGAGCCGUUCCCCAGUGAAGGAAACUCCAAGCCAUGAUAAGAGACCCUCUGAGGACAACACAAAGCCAGUAAUCCAGUCUGUAUCCCCAUACAGCAAACCUGCACUAAGUGAGAGCCUGAAGCUUACCAAUCUAAUGAGCAAGGACAUGGAGAGAAAGACAGAGCUUCCUAGCGACCUCCAGAAGAUUAAGAAUGACAUCAAAGUCAAGGAGGAGAGGAAGGAAGACAGUGAUGUGCUAGUGGUUGGGUCUGAGCCUUCCCAGCACUCGCGGUCAGUGGAGCAUCCCCCACCGCCCACUCUCCAUGGAUUAUCAUUGCCUCACUCGAUGGCUGCCUCCAUGCCCAUCUCCAUGGGCAGCGUGCACCAGAUGAACAACAUGAAUGUCCUGGACCGCAGCAGGAUGAUGACCCCGCUCAUAGGCAUGAACCCCCUGUCAGGAAGAGAGAGGCUGCCGCAUCCCGGAUUUUCCUGGGACCCCAUGAGGGACCCGUUGCGAGAUGCCUACCGGAGCUUAGACCUGCACCGUCGGAUGGACUUCCAGCUCCGGACAGAUCCUAUCCAUAGGUUUCCUACCACCUCUGGCUUUUAUGACCAUGAGCGUUCCUACAGAGACAGGGAACCACACGACUACAACCACGAGAACCUUCUGGAAGCCCGCCGAGAGCAGGAGCGGUUGCGGCAAGUGGAGGAGCGCGAGCGCUUGCACUUACGGGAAGAACUUGAGCGUGCCAGAAUGCACCACUUGCACUCGUCCCCCAUCGAAAGCCACCUGGCACACGUGCCAUCCUUCAUGCCUCAUUUGAGCGGGAUGCAUUACCCCAGACUGAGUCCAUCCACUGCCAUGCACAACGGGAUUUUGAACAGGAACCCGCCGACCGCAGCGCUGAGCGCGCCGCCGCCUCUCGUACCAGCCAGCAGCACCAGACCUGCCUCCCCUCGCAGGACUACUCCACUCACAAACUCAGAGUCCAGGGACUACUCCCCCUCUAGGAACCCCAAAGAAGUAGAGGCACGAUAGUCCCCAACAUUGAAUUUUAAACUCACCUGUACAUAAAACAAGCAAGCAAGCAAACAAAACAAACAACAGCAAACAAAAAAAAAAAAACACAAACAAGAAAAAAAAACAACAAAAAAAGAAAACAACAAACCUUUUACAAAAUGCACUGCUGUAAACUUUUUUUUUUAAUGUAAAAUUUGUAGAAGUUAAGCACAUUUCCAUAAAUAACGGGGUUGGGGACUUUCCAACAAGAAGGUUGCUGAGAAUGGGAAUUUAAUAUAUAGGUAUUGAUUUUUGGUUUUGUUUUUUGUUUCUGUGCUUAAAAAAAAAAAAAAAAAAGAGUUAAGAAUAUCAAGUUUGUACAUUUUUUCCCAAAUGUGAGAAACAUUUUUAAUGGAUUUGUAUUUUUUUUAAUUUUGUGCUCUUUAUUCACUUAAAAAAAGAAGAAAUUUUGCUUUUGUUUUUAGUUAAAUUUGCAUUUUAAAGGCCUCAGAUCCUUAAGAAAAAAAUACCCAGGGUUUCUUAAAAGUAUUAUUUAUGGAAAUACUGUAGUUUUACAGUCCACUGUGAGGUUCCCUUCUGAGGCCAAUUGAUCACUUACCUUGGUACUUUGGAACCGAAGUUACAGAUAUAUAUUAAAAUAUUAAUAAUAAUAAUAAUGUACAAAACUGUUUGUUUUUUGCCUUAUUAUAUUAUGCAGAAAUUUAAGAGGAAUUUUUUUUGACUUCUUGUUUUAAACAAAAAAAAAAGAAAACAAACUGUAAAUAUUCUGUUAAUAUAAAUGUACACCAAUAUUAAAUUCUUAACAUAGGUAGACUUUAUAAAAAUGGUUUCUAGAACCACUCUGGUUAUUUGUUAACAUGGUUACAACUCAUACUCUUGUCACAGUCAGAAAUUCACACUCAGAAAGCUCAGUACGGCAUAUAUACUUCAACUAUGCAAGAACUCGGAGGCAGGUCUUAGUGGAUGUUGGGGGGAGGAAGGUUUUAAAAAAAAAAAAAAAUUUAAAAAAAACAACCCAAAAACAACCAACUCGCAACUCUGGAGACAGAAUGGCAAUGGCAUGUGAACAGGAAGAAGGAUGCUUGUGUUUAACAAAAAAAAAAAAAAAGAAAAAAAAAAAAGAGAGAGACUGAAUUUUUUUGUACAAACACAAGGGACAGUUCGUCAAGGAAAGAGAAACACACGCUCCUGGAAGGGAAUUUUGGUUUCCUACUUUUCAAGCUGGCAAAAGCAGAUGGAACUGGCACAGUACCAUGCGGCAGACCCUUUCCUUAUUUUUUUUUCCUUUUUUUUUUCUCUUUUUUUGUGUUGUGGGCAGGAUCGCUGGCAAGCAAGGACAAUUUUCCGUGGACCCCUUGUGCUAAUUGUGCAGUGUUCUUAUUGGAAUCUGUAUACAAGACAAAGUAGAAUUUUAGGAGUGCAAAAAAAAAAGUCUAAUGGUUGAUUAAAAAAAAAAAGAAAUUCUGAUAUAUUAUCUAUAGUACAUGAAGACCAUAAGCAAAUGUUUGUUUCAGUGUGGUUCUGCCUUGAACUGCUUUUUGGCAUGAUUUAUUUUUUAUUUCCAAUUUUACUUUUCAUCCAUAUGUAAAUUUUGCCAUGUUUUACUUGCUGUACCAUCCCCCCUUCCCUUAUUUUAUUUUUCAGUGUCCAUGUUUUAUAUAUCCUGGGCUUUUUCUCUCUAGUUAAUUCAGCCAUCCGCUACUAUUUUCUUGGCUCUGUAACUCUUGUUUCCCCCCCCUCCCCGUCCUCCCCCCUGCACCCCCUGUAAUUUUAAACAUUCAGUUUCCUUGUAGAUCAAUGAAGAUAAAUACAACAUUGAUUUUGGAUGAAAAA